CAUGACAACUGCGCCGCUUGCACCGCCACUCACUACCCCUGUCCUCCCAAGCUUCUGUGUUCCAGGAAACUGCCACGAUAGAUCCGUCCACCACCAACCAACACGCGGGCAUCACCACAGCCAACAACCUCCUUUCAGCGAGUCGACCCCGCACAAACAAACACACCCCUUUCAACUCACUACCCUUUCUCCAUGUCGCGACGAUUGAAUCCAGCCGCAGACAAGACGGCCGCAAACCAGGCCGUCAUCAAGAACCUCCUAAAGUUGCCGGCGAACCGGGUCUGCGCUGACUGUAAACGCAAUAAGCUGCCACGAUGGGCGAGCUGGAACUUGGGGAUCUUUAUCUGCAUCAGAUGUUCGGGAAUACAUCGUGGGAUGGGAACGCACAUCAGCAAGGUUAAGUCAGUGGACUUGGAUACUUGGACGGACGAGCAGGUGCAGAGUGUGGUCAAGUGGGGAAACACUCGCGCGAACAAGUACUGGGAAGCCAACCUCGCACCGGGACAUGUUCCCUCAGAAGCGAAGAUUGAAAAUUUCAUUCGGACCAAAUACGAAUCCAAGCGCUGGGUGAUGGAAGGAGGCAUGCCCGACCCAUCGACGCUGGAGGACUCUGACGAUGACAAUGUGCCUCUGAAGCAGGUGCAGGAGAAGCUCGAGAGGAAGUCAUCGGCGGCGGCAGCUGUUGCGGCAGCCACUGCCCCGCUUGCCCGUCCUCAGCAGCAGCAGUCGCCGCUCGACACUCUCAUCGACGACCAGCCCGCCGGAAGGUCCUCCCCGAUGCCGAGAUCGCCCCCGAAGCCGAAGCAGCCCGAUACCAACUCGCUGCUGGGUCUUGAUAUCUUCGGCACCGCGCCGGCCCCUUCGCCGCGACCUUCGUCUGUGAACUCGGACCCGGGCAAGAUGAGUUCCUCUCGCCCCGACCUCAACAGAUCGAUUCUCUCGCUGUACGCAUCUUCUCCGAAGCCGCAGCAACCCAAGAUGCAAAGUCCCACCAUGGGCAACUUCGGAUCACCCCUGCAGACAUCCAUGAUGCCGCCGCCACAACAGCAGCAGCAGUCCGCAUAUGGCGACCUGAACAGCUCCUUCAGCGGUCUGAACUUCAGCGCGACGGAUGCACCCCCCGCCGCACCCCCCAAGCCAUCUCCUUUUGCCAACCUCACCGCUAGCAUGAAGAAGACCGCAGCUGCACCACAGCUAUCCAAGCCCGCAUCCGGUGGCUUUUUCACCCCCGCACCGGCAAAGCCCUCUCCCGUUAGCGCAUCCUCCGGUCUGGAAGGCCUCUUUGAUUUCGGGGCCUCCGCAGCUCCCCAAGCACAGGCACCCGUCGCGCCCGUCGCCUUGAAUAACGGCUUCAGCUCGCUGUCCUUCGAUGCCGACGCAUGGGUAACCCCCGCCGCCACCACGUCCGCAGCCGCCAACAGCAGCAACGCCUGGGGAACCCCCUCACUGUCCUCCAACUCCUCAGCGAACGCUUGGGGCUCGUCCGCGCCAGUUUCGAGACCCCCCGUUCAGCAGUCGUACGUGAGUACCACCGACGACGACUGGGGAAACUUUAGCUCUGGAACUACCACUACUGCUCCAGUCGCCCCAGUCAAGGUCACCCCUGGGGCUUCGGGACUCGACGAUGAUCUGUUUGGGAACGUGUGGAAGUAGAUUGUGCAGAACGAGGUCCUUUGUUUCUUGAAAAUAGUUUUUCCUUUUCUUCUCAUUUUCUUCCCAUUUUCUCAUUCUUCUUGUGUAUUAAUUCGAGGUGCUGGCUGAGGUUUCUUUCUUCUUUCUUCUUUCUGCUUUCGUUCCUUUUUCCUUUUACUUGGCGAUGCAUGAUGCGGAUGCUAUGAGGAUGAAAUACCUGCUACUGGAUAUAAGACUGUCAUUCAUUUGGGGGUAUCGUCAUCUUAUUCUUAUUUACUCCUU